AAGAUAGCAUCACCACGUGGUCUCUAUGGAACCAUGGAGUGUAUCCAAAGUCCCACCCCUUCUCUGCAUAAACAACACUAUACCUGAUCCACGCGACAUAUCAGAGAAUAAAACUCACUGUUUUCAGGCAGAUCUUAACAUAAGCGCCAUGGAGGAAAACACAUAUAUUAUUCUACGUAAAAUUGACGAGGGCGCAUUUGGAGAUAUUUUCUGUGUGCAGAGACUUAAAGACCACAAAUUACUGGCUAUGAAACAGAUUUUAUACAGAGGAGAUAUUUCUCGUGACCCUUACAUUACACAAGAACUAAACAACCUGUCAAAUAUAAAGCAGGAGUAUAUAAUCAUGUUAGUGGAGGCUAUCAUAACCGAUAAAAGCGUGAACUUAAUCAUGGAACUAGCAGAAAAUGGAAAUCUGGAGGAUUUAGUUAGUGGAAACAAACUUGACAGUGACCAAUUGUCCGUUAUUUUAAAGCAACUAUUAACAGCUCUUAAUUUCUGUCACAAAAGCAAGAUUGCACACCGGGAUGUGACGCCGUAUAAUAUUCUGCUGACCAAAGAAAUGAGUGUUCGAUUGGCAGAUUUUGGACUCUCUGUACCAUGUCGUGACUCUGAAGACAAAAUUAUUCUUUGUGACGAUUACCUUGGACAUUUACAUUACACGGCACCGGAAGUACUGAUGAAAACUCCAUACGACCCCCUCAGGUCUGAUAUGUGGAGUCUUGGAAUAGUAGCCUACUUUAUGAUCCACUCAACAGUCCCCUUUGUCGGCGAGGAAGAGGACAUUGUAUCUCAACAAACAGAUGAUCGAAUUGUUAAUGAGACAAUCAGUAGAGCACAUGAGUUUAAUGACACUCUAUUCGGGAUAUUCAAAGUUGUAAUGAAAAACGUUCUACGAGCUAUUCCGGAAAAACGCUGUCAAACAGGUGACUUGCUAAAACUUAUCAAUAAUGAAGCAUGAACAAUAUUGCUUAACAGAAAAAAAGAUAUUCUGCAACAUUCCCUGUAAUUUAUGGCAACACUUGUUAAAUGCAAUCUGUUUUUGUUUAUACUUAACAGUUUAUUUGUUACUUCUAUUUUUAGGCACUGUUUUCUCAAUAAAAAAACUUGGUAAAAUCUA